AUUGACGUACGUACACUAGUAUAUACAUCUAGUUAUGCGAAAAAACAUUGCUAUUAUUUGUUGAUGGUAGACAUACUUUGUGUAGUUUGGAAUUAUUAUAUAAUAUUUUAGGAAAAAAUGUCUUACCAAUUAUAUAGGAAUACUACAUUGGGAAAUACGCUUCAAGAAAGUCUCGACGAACUCAUACAGUAUGGACAAAUAACACCACAACUUGCGAUAAAAGUAUUGUUACAAUUUGAUAAAGCUAUUAAUCAAGCCCUUGCAACAAGAGUUAAAUCGAGACUUACAUUUAAGGCUGGCAAAUUAAAUACUUAUAGAUUUUGUGAUAAUGUAUGGACUUUUAUGCUAAAUGAUGUUGAAUUUCGUGAAGUUCAAGAGGUUGCAAUAGUAGAUAAAGUAAAAAUUGUUGCCUGCGAUGGAAAAACAUUAGAUACAGAUGGAGCUGCAAAGCGAUAACAAAUUUAGCAUUUUGCAAAAAUUUUUACUGUAAAAAAUAUAACGAUUUUCAUGGGGUAUAUAAAUAACACAUAGUAUAAACAAAAUACAAUAAAUAUAUAUAUAUAUAUAUAUAUAUAUAUAUAUAUUUCCCACUACUUCUCC